GCGCUGGCUGCUGGCGGGAGGGACGCUCUCGCUUUAGCGCGCGGCGGCGGCGGUGGCGGCGGCGACCGGCGAGGUUUCUGGGACAGCACGUGCGCCCCAUGCAGCGCGCCUCCCCGUACUCGUACGCCGUCUUCGAGCGCCUCCUCCAGGAGCACUUCCCAUUCCCGCGCCGCGUCUUCCAGGUGCACGCGCUGCUCCUCACCUCCGGCGUGCUGCUCCUCGACCUUGACCCCCGAUGCUCCUCCGCCGCCUUUCCUUACAACUGCCUCGCGCACGCGCACCUCCGCGUCCCCGCCGCCUCCUCCCCGCCCGCCCCGCUGCGCCUCUUCUCCGCCAUGCUCGCCCGCGGCGGGCGCCCCAACCGCCACACCUUCCCGUCCCUCCUCAAGUCCGCCUCCGCCUCUGGCUCCGCGGCCGCCGCGGGGGCGCUCCACGCGCAGUGCCUCCGCCGCGGCCUCGCGGCCGACCGAUUCGUCGCCUGCUCGCUCGUAAGCGCCUACGGCCGAACGGGCCACCCGGCUCGCGACGCGCGCAAGGUGUUCGACGAGAUGGAGGGGGGCCCGGACCUGGCCUCCUGCAACGCCCUGCUCGAUGCGCUGUGCCACGCCGGGGACCUGGACGCGGCGGGGGACUUCUUUGAGAGGAUGGAGGCCAGGGACCCCGUGUCGUGGACGACGCUCGUGUCUGGGCUGUCGCGAGGCGGGCGCCACCGGCGCGCUCUCGAGGUGUUCAGGGGAUUUUUGCUGGGUAACAUGGGGCGACGCCUCGAGGAGGCCACGUUGGUCAGCGUGUUCUCGGCCUGUGCCAAUCUUGACGGUGGUGAGGGGCUUGCCGCGGGCAUGGCUGUCCACGCAUACCUCCUACGCCAUGAGAUUGAGCUCACUGCGUUCCUGGGCACGGCACUGGUUGACAUGUAUGGGAAGCAUGGGAGGCUUGACUUCUGUAAGAGUGCUUUUGAGAUCGUCUGCGAGAAGGGGGUUUGCACGUGGAAUGCCCUGUUGUCAGCUUUGGCUAAUCAUGGGAAGGAGACUGAAGCGCUGGUGAAGUUCGACAUGAUGAGGGGUGAAGGCUUCUUGCCAAAUCAGAUAACCUUUCUGGCUGUGCUGAUGGCUUGUGCUCGUGCAGGAUUAGUGGAGGUUGGGUUAUACUGGUUCGAGGCAAUGGUCGCUGAGUACAGGGUGGCACCGUUGAUGGUCCACUAUGGAUGUGUUGUGGACCUCUUAGGCCGUGCUGGCCGAUUUGGAGAAGCCAUUCAGGUUAUAGAAAGGAUGCCCUUCGCGGCUGAUGCUUCUGUGUGGGGUGCUCUUCUUGGAGCGUGCAAGCUCCAUGGUAAUGUGGAGCUUGCUGUGGAGAUCGGGCAGAAAUUAAUAUCUCUUGGCCCCCAGCAAUCCGGUCGGUAUAUGACCAUUAGGAAUGUCUAUUUAGAAGAUGGGAAUUGGUAUGCUGGCUCAAGAAUGGGAGAGGUGAUGCAGGAGGCUGGAAUCAAGAAGGCAGUUGGGCAGAGCAGUGUUGUGCUUGGUGCUGCCAUUCCUUAAUUAGCUUUCAUUGCAAAACUUGUUGGUUGGGGACAGAUACACUUCGAUGAAUAUUCACAGAUGUUUCUUCACAUUUGUCCUGUCCCCCAUGGGUAUAACUUCGAGGAGAUUUGCCACUCACAGCUCAGGAUUGGAUCACAGUGGAGGAAGGAAUCAAACCACACGAAGAACGGAAGAAGAGACACAGAUGUGAUGUGACUUGCCUGGGAGCUCCAACUCCAAGCAUUAUGCAUGACUCUACGAGUCCAGGUGGAACAAGGAGCUUUUGGAUUCACAUGCUUCAGGCUUGUAGUCAGGAGACCAGUAUCAACUUUGCAGAAGCCAAGAUCAGUUCCCACCCAUUUGUGUAGAGCUGGGCUUUGUCAGACUGCUCAGCCAGGUUCUUCAGGUUUGAUCUUUGCUUAAGUUUUUAGAGAGUGCACAUGUUGAGAUUGUGCAAUGCCUUUUCUUGAAGUAUUCUUCAGGGUCAUUUUUUGCACCUCAGUAUUGGUGUGUUGGAAACAAAAACUGGAUAUGGUAUCAGCAACCGGUGCCUGGCUUCCAUCUUGGUCUGGUCUGUAAGCCUGUUCGUGCAUGUUUCUUUUGUAGAAAACCGAUUUGUGAACACAUUCUGAUAGUUACAGUCAGAAUUUUGUAUGGAGUCCGAGAAACAAUGGACGACGUCUCUUGGUUCGGUUUGGUCAACGGGCAAACUCCUGCGCUGUAAAUGCAGGGCUAUUUCUA